CGGACGAAGUCUUAAGCUCAUAUAAGAUACGAGUCAUGCCGGGUGAGAAAUUGAUAUAUAAUAACAUUGAUAUAUUGAGUUUCGCCCACUCAAAAAUGAAUCAAACUGAAUUAGCGAAAAGCCCUUUAUCCAUUGGUGUCAUCAACGUUCACAACAUCAGUUGCACGAAAUUUCUACCUCUUGGUUUCAAACAGUUCAUAGCAGAUCAAAUUCAGGAUUGUAAAACCACGGCUGUCUAUUUUGCUGAGCGGCGAUCGAUUGACAAGUUUAUAGUGGAUUGUGAAGAAGAAGUAUUGGAAUUCUUGAAUAAGUUUCAAGACAUACAUGAUUUAGAAUCUUUGGCAAAAUGUUUGAACGAAAAUGCGAUUGAUAUGUCCAUUGCAUCUAAUGACCUUAUCUUUGUGCGGAAUCUUUUUGAUCAUUUCUAUUUCUUAUUCAAAAACGGUACUUUACUUGAACAAAUGUCUGAACAUGAGUUCAGCGCAUACAUAUGGACCCCGUUGAUCAGGAACGCGUUUCUUGGAAAGGACGAUUUUAAAGUUAAGUUGUGGGGAAUUGGCGUCUAA